CGAAGAAGAAAUGGACGACAAGAAUGAACAGCAACACCAGCAGCAGCAGCAGCAGACGAAAGAUUGUAUCAUCAGCACCACAGCUGCUGCCACUGGUCUUAAAGACGAUGGUCGGCGGAAAAUGUUCUGUGGUCAAAUCGGCAUAGCCGGCGAUACGACGUUUCACCCGUUGCAUACAAGCUUAUCAGCCCGAGUGGCUGCAGGCGCUCUCAUAAACUUGACCGACGCCAUUGUCGAUGGUCGGAUCCGAAAUGGCUUUGCUGCCAUUCGGCCGCCAGGCCAUCAUGCUCUAGAAGACUCGGUGAUGGGAUACUGCUACUUUAACAAUGUUGCUGUGGCAGCACAGGCAGCACUGCAAAAGCAUCCUUCCAAGAUCCGCAAAGUUCUUGUUCUGGAUUGGGACAUACACCACGGCAACGGCACACAACAAAUAUUCUACGACAAUCCCAACGUGCUCUAUGUUUCGAUCCAUCGGUGGGACCAAGGCCGCUUUUACCCGUUCAGCGGAGCACCAGCUGAAUGUGGACGUAGCGCUGGCCUCGGACGGAAUGUAAACAUUGCCCUGUCGACUUGCAAAGAAAAGCCAAAGCCAAUGGGUGACACCGAAUUCAUGGCCGCAAUCCAUCAUAUUGUGACACCAAUUGCGCGGCAGUUUGGGCCUGACUUGAUCUACGUAUCGGCUGGUUUUGAUGCUGCAGAAGGCCAUUCUCAUCAUCUUGGUGGAUAUCAGGUUACACCACGAGGCUAUGCCCUUCUGACAAAAAUGGUCAAGGAAUUGGCUGAAGAACUGUGUGAUGGACGGCUGGCGCUUGUUUUAGAAGGCGGUUACGAACUAGAGCCGCUUGCCAACUCUGCAGCAGCCAGCAUUAUGCAGUUAUGCGAGAUACCAGAGCAGUCGAUAUCCUCGUUCAAGGGUGCGCUGACUUCUAUCAAACCUAAUCGCGGCGCAUCGGCCUCGUUCCAUCAAGUGAUCGAGUGUCAACGGGCUUACUGGGACUUGCCAGAACUACCCACAGAUUACCGCUUUCUCCUGCCGCAAGAAUGGAGGGCUGUCAACAGCAUUUCAACACGUUCGCCCCGCAACCGUCAACAAGUACAGCAAGCAUAUAACAGCAGCAAGCAAUCAUUUAUCCAUGGCUACUAGACAGAACAGCAUCUACCACUACUACUACUAUUAUUACUACUACCACUACCUCCAACAACAACAACAACCGUGUGCAAUUGUUUCUAUAUCUUCCCAUACCCAUUUUUCAUUUUGUCAUCAUCACAUCAACAAAUCAUCCAUUCAUCGUGUCUUUUCGCAUCAAACAAACAAAAUACAUGAAAAAUACAAUACAAC